UCUUAGAACUCAUGCCACCUCAUCUGAGCUCAGGCAGUGGUCAUUCUCCGUAACCGCUGUCCCCCACAUCUAUAUCUACUCAUCUAGAUAGCUCACGCUUCCAAACCUCGACUUCAAUCCAACAAGCACAAAUAUAUACCGAACCGAAAAUAUGCCUCUCCUCGCCUCUCUCACCUCAGCCGCAGCAUGGCACGUGCUCAGCUACGGCACACUUCUGGGCUCGCAGUUCUACCAGUCCUUCAUCGGCGGCGUAGUAGCCUUCCGCGCGCUCCCCAGGCCAAUGUUCGGCCUCCUGCAGCAACGGAUCUUUCCCGUGUACUUCAGCAUGCAGAUCGCGCUCCCGCUCGCGGUGCUCCUCUCGCAUCCCACGGCCAGCUACGACAAGCUCAUGGCGACCGAGGCCGCGCUGCCAAUGCUGAUCACGUUUGCCACGUCGGCGGUGAACUUAGUGGCGGUGGGCCCGGCGACGACGGCGAUCAUGCGCGAGAGGAAGGCGCAGGAGAGUAAAGAGGGGAGAAAGUACUACGAUGAGGGCGAGAAGUCGCUGGAGAUGAAGGCGCUCAAUAAGAGGUUUGGUGUCAUGCAUGGCGUUAGCUCACUGUUGAAUUUGGCGGCGUUUGUGGCUACUGUGGCGUAUGGGUUUACGUUGGCGCAGAAGUUGGUUAUGUAGACAGACCGGAGCUGGGUGAGCGUGGGAGUGGACGGCUUGUGACAGAGAGAGAACAAAACAUCAAUUAAUUUUGCAUACAGCCUUUCGAGACUGUGGCAGUGUGAUGAACCGAAAUAA